AUGGCGGAGGACAAGAAGUCACUGAAACUCAAGAGAAGGGGAGCGAAGGCCAGGUUUACACGACACAGCAAUGGUCUUCAGAUGUUGCUUGACAACAACCGAGUAGAGCCAGAGGUUCAAUCUGCAUUUGACAAGGUUGAGCAAGCAUUUGAAGCAUUACAAGAAGCGCAUGAAAAUUUCGCUUUGACUCUUGAUGAUGAUGCUGAGUUUGAGACAGAGGAGCAGUGGAUAAAUGAUUGCCAGAAGGAAUUCAUGGAACUACAGAUAACUGUCACUGAUUACUGUUCUCAAACAAGCCCAGACGUUAAGACACCAGCAGAACAAGUAUCAUCACAGUUUGAGAUGCCGCCGGUAGAGAGAGAGGCUUCUACACCACCGGAGUCUACAAGUGCGCCUCCACCUCCAGAUCAGAGUCCAGACACUUCUCCUAGCAUGGCAGCUGCCAGGUGUAGUUUUAAAGUGGAGAAGCCAAAGUUGCCCAAGUUUGCUGGAGAUGUUCGGGACUAUGAGAUAUUCAAGUCAGACUUCAUUCACAUGGUUGAUUCGCAGUAUGGAAAACGUGAUGCCAUGACAAUCUUGAGAAGCUGUCUAGUGGGCCGUGCACAUGAUAUUAUCCAAGGGAUAGGAAGUGAUUAUGACGCGGCAUGGGAGCUCUUGGACUCUAUGUAUGGCGACCCCAGAAUCGUAGCAGAUACUAUCAUCAAUGACUUAACCAAAUUCAGACCCUUGAAGGAAAACGAGGAUAAUAGAUUUUGUGAAUUGGUUAAUCUUGUAAGAAGAAGCUACAACAUCCUCAAGCUUGUGGGGAAGAAGAGCGAUAUGGACAACAGUCAUAUGCUAGCCACCAUAGAAAGAAAGAUGUGCCCUAAUGACAGAAAGAAUUGGUUUAGAUACCAAGAAACAGAGAAGCAAACUGCAGGUCUUCAAACUUUGUUGACAUGGUUAAACCUAGAAAUGAAGGCACGAAUUAGAUCUUCAGCGCCAUUGAGAUCCCAAAGCGAAGGCCGUUCAGCAAACGUCAACCAAAUGUCAAUGAAAGAGAAGAAUAAACCAGCCUACAGUGAUAGACGUCAUGAAGAUCAGCCACCGGACCGAAUUCAAAGACAACAUCGAUGCUGGUAUUGCAAGACGGAUGAACACUGGAUCGAUCAGUGUAAGCGCCUGACAUCUAUGGGUGCCCCAGAGAGACUUAAGUUCUUCAAAGAAAACAGAUGCUGCUUUAGCUGUUUGAAAAAAGCAGGGAAAAAUCACUUCAUGGCAAACUGCAGAAGAAGGCAGAGGUGUCCAGAGCAAGGGUGCACUUACUACCAUCAUCCUUUGCUUCAUAUGGAAGUGGGUCACCAAUCAGAGAAUGAGAGCAGUAAAAACAACGUUAACGUUGCAACUACUGUCGGAGCUUCACUUCUGCCAAUCCUAACCAUAGACAUUACCAGUGAUUUACAGACAAGAGCCAAUGUUCUGCUAGAUAGCGGCUCACAAGUUAGUUUGAUCAAGAACUCACUAGCAGAGAAACUCCACUUGACUGGUACCAGAACUAGAAUCACCAUUAAAAAACUUGGUGAAGUUGAGGAAGAGUUGGAGACAUUCAAAUACAAGGUGCCGAUUCGGGAAGCGAAUACAUCCAAGAAACAUCAGUUCAUCGAAGUUGUAGGUGUACCUUCAAUCACGGAGGAAGAAGCUGUAAGUGUGAAAGACCUAGCAGAUCAGUUCGAUAUUCCCAACCUGAAUCGAGAUAGUGGACCUGUAGAAGUUCUGAUAGGCGUUGACUAUCCAAGAUACAUUGUAAGUGGAAAACUGAAGAAGAGAAAAAACUGUAUCGCAAGAAAGACUCCGUUAGGAUGGGUAAUCUUCGGCGGCACAGACAAGAGAACCAUUUGUGUGAAUGUGCUACAUGUUGCAGUCCAGAACCCCGAUCUGUCAGAAUUUUGGCGACUGGAAUCACAAGGGGUAGGUUGUCAGUGCCAAGAGACUACCAAGCUAACCAAGCAAGAACAGAUAGAGGAAGAAAUCAUCAGAGCUUCUUCGCAGAAUAAAGGAAAGAAAUGGGAGAUAGCCUAUCCAUGGCAACGGGAUCCUCAUGAACUCCCAGAUAACAAAAGUCAAGCAGUGAAAAUACUGGAGUCUACUGAGAAGAGACUUGCUAGAAAUCCAGGGCAUGCAGAGGCCUAUAACAAGCAAAUUCAUGAACUGGAAGAAAUGGGAUUUGCUAAGAAACUAACAGCAGCAGAUAUCAAGAAUUAUGAAGGGCCAGUUCAUUACAUAUCACAUCAUGCGAUUGUAAGGCCAGAAAAGAAGAGCACCCCUAUCAGAAUAGUCUUCAAUUCAUCAGCAUCAUUCCAAGGUCAUCGAUUAAACGAGUAUUGGAUGAAAGGCCCUGAUCUCCUGAACAAUCUGAUUGGAGUACUUCUGAGAUUCAGGGAAAACGAAGUGGCCUUAUGCGGGGAUAUAUCUAAGAUGUAUCAUCGAGUAUCAAUCCCAGAGAGUGACCAACAUGUUCACAGGUUCCUAUGGAGGGACAUGGAUGAGCACAGAGAACCUGACAUCUAUAUGAUGAAAGUUGUCACUUUCGGUGACAAACCUGCACCUGCGAUAGCCCAGACUGCCCUUAAGCUUACAGCAGAGCAAGGAGAGAGUACACAUCCUCGGGCAGCUGCUGUUUUAAAGAGGAAUGUGUACAUGGAUGAUAUUUGCGACUCUGUAAGGACUGUAGAUGAAGCCAGGAAACUCAGCGCCGAGAUGGAUGAAGUGUUGAAUGAAGGUGGCUUCAAGGUCAAAGGGUGGAUUUCAAAUGAAUCAGAUGUCGGAGACCUCACCCAGGGAAAGAUGAAAUUGUUGGAAGAGAUAGCUGAAGAGAAGGUCCUUGGAGUAGUUUGGGACAGAGAAAAUGACACCUUCUCUUACAAAGUAAAGCUGAAAGACAGUGUAAUGAGAUCAGCAACAGAUGGAGAGAGUCAAGAAAAAUUGACUAAGAGAAAGAUCCUUGGUCAGAUUGCCCACAUAUUUGACCCCAUAGGAUUUGCUGCACCAGUGAUAGUUAGAGCAAAGAUAGGUAUGCAGAAAUUGUGGCAGAGAGGCUACAACUGGGACGAUCAUCUUUCACCAGAAGAAGAUGCUGAAUGGAGGCUUCUGUUUGAGGAAAUGAAAGGAUUGAAUGGAGUAUCACUAGAAAGAUGCCUUACUCCUCCUGAUGCUCAAGGCAAGCCAGUGUUGUGCAUUUUCUCUGAUGCUUCCGAAAAUGCAUAUGGUGCUUGUGCAUACCUGAGAUGGCAAACCAGAGAUGACAGGUAUGAGACUCGCUUCAUCGCAUCAAAGUCAAAGGUAGCACCGUUAAAGGCAUUGACAAUACCGAGAUUGGAAUUACAAGCUGCCGUGUUAGCUGCCAGACUUUACAAGUCAAUCACCGAAGAGAUGAGACUAGAGGUCGAGAAAGUAGUGUUCUUCACUGACAGCAUGAUUACUCUGCAGUGGAUCAAGUCUUCAGCCAGGGUAUAUAAGCCUUUCGUAUCAAGUAGAGUUGGGGAGAUUCAGACUCUCACUGACCCAUCAAGUUGGAAACACAUUCCUGGUGAAGAUAAUCCAGCAGACAAAGUUUCGAGAGGAAUCGCAGUGAAGGAACUAAUGGAUGAAUGGAUGUGCGGUCCUAAUUUUCUCCACCUCAAUGAACCAGAGUGGCCAGUGGACAAAGCUAUAAUCGAUCAGAAUCUUGAGAAUCUAGAAAGACGAAAGACUCAGACAGUCUUAGUCAUCAACAUGACAGUCACCCCCAUUGAAUGUGAACGCUUCUCAAAAUGGCGAAAGUUAGUAAGAGUGACUGCCUACGUUUUCAGAUAUGUGCAGAUUCUCAAGUCAAAGCUCAUGAAAGCAUCCAUACCGGAAGAUGAUGUAACUUUAACUCCUGCAGAAUUAGAGAAGGCUGAGCACUACUGGACGAAGGAGGCUCAGAAAGGUCUGAAGAGCAGAUUUGAGAAAGGAGAAUUCAAAACUCUCACUCCUUUCCUUGACAACAAAGGAAUAAUCAGAGUAGGGGGUAGAGUGGAGAACUUAGUGACAUCCUACGAAUCUAAACAACCAGCUCUGCUGCCAGCUAGCCAUCAUAUAUCUCUUCUAAUCACACGUCAUGUUCAUGAGAUUGGACAUCCGGGAGUUGAGACAACAACCGCCAAGACUAGACGUAAGUUUUGGAUUCUUCAGGGACAUCGUCUAGCUAAAACUGUUAAGCAUCGAUGUGUAAAGUGCAGGUCAGCAGAAUGUAAGCGUGAAUCACAGAAGAUGGCUGAUUUGCCCAGCAGUCGCCUAGCACCCCAUACUCCACCGUUUUAUUACACGUCCUGUGAUUAUUUCGGUCCAUUUCAAGUUAAAGUUGGUCGUAACAAGAGGGCCAAACACUAUGGUGUAAUCUUCACAUGCCUAAACACCCGUGCAGUUCAUCUUGAAAUCGCGACUGAUUGUUCAACAAUGGAAUUUCUCCAAGUUUUAAGGAGAUUCUUCGCAGUGAGGGGACAACCAGCUCAGAUUCUUAGCGAUAAUGGAACCCAAUUUGUAGGAGCUCAACGCGAACUUCGCGAGAUGAUAUCGGGAUGGAGUGAAGAUGAGCUCAAAGAUUUCUGUGCGGAAAAAAGGGUACAGUGGAAGUUCAUUACCCCUGGUGCACCCCACCAAAAUGGGUGCGCAGAAUCGCUCGUGAAGAGUGCUAAAAUUGCAAUCAAGAAAGCAAUCGGUGAGCAGGUGCUCACUCCAUUUGAGUUGUUAACAUGUUUUCUCGAAGUAGCUAAUCUCAUGAAUGAGCGACCGAUAGGACGGAAAUGCAAUGACCCAGAUGAUGGAAGUUAUUUGAGUCCCAAUGAUAUAUUGUUAGGUAGGUCAUCUAGAAAUGUUCCUCAAGGUCCGUUUAAGCAAACCAAGAAUCCGCGUCAUCGCGUAGAAUUCAUUCAGCAGAUAGUAGAUUCCUUUUGGAAGCGGUGGUCGCAAAACGUCCUACCACUUUUAGUACCAUGCAGAAAGUGGAACGCAGAUCGUAGGAACGUUCGUGUAGGAGAUGUUGUAAUGACUGCAGAUAGUAAUGCAGUACGUGGAAAGUGGACUAUAGCUAGGAUCAUUCAGGUUUAUCCAGGACCUGAUGGUAAAGUUCGGAAUGUGAAGCUAAAAACUGUUUCCGGAGAGUAUCGGAGACCGAUUUCAAAACUAGCCGUAAUUUACCCAGCAGAAGGUUAUAUUGACUAG